CCUAUGAGCCUUUGGAUUGGGAGGGGAAAUUAGCGCGCGGGCGAGCGCGGGCGGCGGUGGUCAGUCUCGGAUUGUGCGCCAAACUGAACGCGUGUCAUAUACAAAGCAAGAUAUGUCGACGAACGGGUCGGCGGCUACCGAGCCGCGAUUGUGCCACGUGCGAAAAUCUCCCAAUUUCGACGGCUAUGGGUUUAAUUUACAUGCAGAAAAGGGUAAACCCGGUCAAUACAUCGGCAAGGUCGACGAGGGAUCACCAGCGGAGGCGGCGGGUUUGCGACGCGGAGACCGCAUCCUUGAAGUGAACGGAAACAGUAUCGUCGGUGAAACACAUAAACAAGUGGUGGCACGGAUUAAAGAAAGACCUGAUGAUGCCGAGUUACUGGUGGCGGCGCCGGCUCCUGGUGACCCGUUGCCCGAUCUAGAUGCGCCUCCGACGGCAACCACGCCUGCGGCCGAACGCUCCUCGGCCGCUGCACGGCCCGAGCAGCGACAGGACAGCCCACCGCCGGCGGACCCGCCGCGGCUCAACCUCCAGAUGACCGCAGCAGAGAUGCGAGCGCAUCUCGCUGCUAAAAAGAAAUUCGAUCCCAAGAAAGUACCGAUGGACUUAAAGUCCAAAUUUGACAUCGUCAAAAAACUGUGAUUUUGGUGUGCCGUGUGCUGUGUAUCGUGUUUUGUAGUUACGAGCAGUUCGCCGUGUGUCGUGUGCAGUGUGCUAUACAAUUGGGCCGUGAUUAGUGGCGGUCCUCCUCGUUCCACCGCGCCAUCGUCCCUCGCGUGCUGUUGUUAUUGAUACACACUAUACAUAUUACAAUGUAGCGUAUUUGUACAUAAUGGCCAUAUUGAUGUAGUUACUGGUUCUCCUGAAGGUUGUACCUGCGCGCAGCGGGGCCACGGCCCGCUACGCCGCCCCGCCCCCCGCGGCGCGGCCCUCGCUCGCGGACUCGCGGUGCAGGCUGUCGUGAGCGCACGCGCAGCGUUGCCAGCUCUCGCCGCCAGCGCCGCGGCACCGACAGUUUCUCACACGAUUAUCACAUAAAGUACACAAAAUGGAACUAUGUAUGACAUCAAUGGCGCAAGUGAGACGCCAGGUCGUUUGCGGCAACUGGUGGUGCUAGUUGUCGUACGCGCAACCUGUACCCGGGGCCGGUACAAAUGUCUGCUGCCCGACCAAUGAUUAUUCUACAAUAGAUAUACAAAACAUGUAUACAACUCGCGAUUGUACGAUAAUAUAGCUAUUGGGUGCCGAACCAAUAAUGUAAAAUAAUGCCUAUUUUAAAUUGCCAUUGAUAAAAUAUGUACAUAGCUACCUAGAUACUAUACGUUUAAUGGUAAAUAGCAGAAAUAUAUUAUAUUUAUUAUAUAAUGUAUAUGAAAAUUGUUUGAAUUUUAAUUAUUUGAUUUAUCUAAAUGUGUAGUUUAGAGUUACUUACCUUUAUAAGUGCAAUCUAUUAUUGUUGAGUGAUCGAUAAUAAAAUAAAUAAAAUGUCUGAACAGA